CGACGACGACCGACACCACCUGCCCGCCCGCCCACCGCCCGAGUCUUGCUCUGCAACUGCGAUAUCCCCUCAGCCUUGCACCACACUGCUUUUCCGGCUCUUCUUCUUCCCCUCUCUCACGCACUCUCUCUUCCUCCCUCUUCAGCGACCAAAUUUCGAUCGCUCCGGAAUAUCGAUACAACCCAACGCCUCCUGCUUGGGCUCUCUCGUCUCCGACCAAAGUACCCCUCCUUGCGUGUACUGCCUUGCCUGUACAGCCUCCCAACCCAGCCCGACCGAUCCCACUUCAUCUGGGCCGUCUACGGAUACGUCUGCUUGCUCCAUUACCUUAUCGAACCGAGCCGGGCCAUGAGUCUUCGGUAGCUCGUACAUCGCCGCUUUUACGUCAAGCAAGAAUGCUGAAUGCACAGCUUGGAGGGCUGCCAGGAUUAUAGCAGCAUUUCGAUUGAAAAAAACUAGUCUUUUUUCUCCCACCUUGACUUCUAUUCUUUCCGUCUCCUUUUCUUCCACAUUGAAAGCUUCGUUCGGUCUUUUCUCCAUUCUCUUCGACCCCUCGCUCUGGGCCAAACCGUCUUGAACAUGGACGAUCAGAUCGUAAACGCCGUCGAGGCCGCCUUCAACCCCGGCAGCGACCAGGAUCUCAAGCAACAAGCUUUCAACUACCUGAACCAGCUGCGAACCGACCCCCAAGGCUGGCAGGUCUGCACCAGCCUCUUUACAAGAUCUCAGAGACCCUCGGAAGUAGUCCGCCUCUUCUGCUUAGAAGUCGUCAACUAUGCAAUCCAUACCCAGGCCCUCGACCGCGGCAGCCUCACCUGGUUAAAGGACAACCUUCUCGAAUACGUCCGCAACAUAUACGGUCAGAACCUGCAAGACCAGGUCGACCCGCCCCAUCUGCAGAACAAGCUGUCACAGACGCUGACCUACCUGUUCGUCUUUCUGUACAACGAUGGCUGGGACACUUUCAUCGACGAGUUCCUUGCCAUGGCAAACAGCCCCAACAACACGGCCGGUGUCGUUCUCUACCUGCGGAUCAUUGGCUCUAUCCAUGACGAGAUUGCCGACAUGCUGUUGACCCGCAACAGUAGCGAUGCGAAGCGCAACACCGACCUGAAGGACCAGCUUCGCGCGCGUGACGUUCAGAAGGUUGCCCAGUCAUGGAAGGACCUGUUGACGCAAUAUUCGGGCCAGAACGACGUCAUUGUUGAGAUGAUUCUUAAGGUUAUAGGCAAGUGGAUCAGCUGGAUGGACAUCUCCUUGAUCGUGAACCAGGACAUGCUCAACCUCCUGCUUCCCGUCAUAGGACGAACAAACAACUCUGGCAGCGAGGACAAGGUCAGAGACGCUGCCAUCGACACCCUUACCGAGAUCGUCGGCAAGAAGAUGAGAGGCCCCGAGAAGAUGGAGCUGAUCUCUUUCCUCAACCUGCGCGACAUUGUGGCUCAGCUCAUUGCCAGCGCCCCUCUGAGCGAGCUCAAGUCCACCCCCAAAUACGACACCGAUCUCGCCGAGGCCGUCGCAAAGUUAAUCAACACCGUCAUGGCCGAUAUCGUGCGAGCCCUCGAGGAUGCGCAAGCCGGCGACGAUACGCGAGCCAAGUCCGAGCAGCACCUCCACGACUUCCUCCCGUUUCUCCUCCGCUUCUUCUCCGACGAGUACGACGAGGUCUGCUCGACCGUUAUCCCCUCCCUGACCGACCUUCUUACAUUGCUGCGCAAGGUCGGCGCGAACCUGCCUGCUUCUUACAAGGAGAUGCUUCCGCCCAUCCUCAACGCCAUCAUCAUGAAGAUGCGCUACGACGAGACCUCGAACUGGGGUGACGAGGACGAGCAGACGGACGAAGCCGAGUUUCAGGAGCUGCGCAAGCGACUGCAGGUUCUCCAGAAGACCGUUGCAGCCGUGGACCAGGAGCUUUACAUUGAGGUUCUUAGCAACCUCGUGUCCCAAACUUUCAGCACCCUCGACCAGCAAGGGUCACACAUGGAUUGGAGAGACCUUGAUCUGGCGCUCCACGAGAUGUAUCUUUUUGGAGAACUCGCGCUGCCAAACCAGGGUUUGGGCACCAAGAGCCAACCGUCGAGCACGGCAACGGAACGGCUGACCAUUAUGGUGACAAAGAUGGUCGAGUCCGGCAUUGCCAACUUUCCCCACCCUGCCAUUUUGCUCCAGUACAUGGAAAUCUGCGUCCGGUACUGGCAGGUGUUUGAUGCUCGUCAAGAGUACAUCCCCCAAGUCCUGGAGAACUUCGUGCGGUUGGUACAUCACGACCAUGUUCGUAUCAAGACACGAUCGUGGUACCUCUUCCAGAGGUUUGUCAAGUUCCUCAGGGCCCAGGUUGGUAACGUGGCCGAGACCGUCAUCCAGUCCAUCGGCGAUCUCCUCCCCAUCAAGGCCGAGGUCUCGGAGAACAACGGCGAUGAUGACAUGUCUUCGGACGAAUCUGACCACUCUGCCGACGCCCUGUUCACCAGCCAGCUUUAUCUCUUCGAGGCGAUCGGCUGCAUUGCGUCGACCGGAAGCACGCCGGCGGACAAGCAGGCUUACUACGCACGGCUGGUGAUGAACCCGUUGUUCAGUGACAUGGAAUCUCAUUUGCCAAAGGCAAAGUCGGGCGACGCCCAGGCCAUUCUUCAAAUACAUCACAUCAUCUUGGCCCUUGGCCGCCUUGCCCAUGGAUUCUCGGACUGGCAGCCUGGCAGCACUUCAGCCCAAAACCGCCCUCCUCCAGACAAGCUGGUUUCUGAUGAAUUCUCGAGAGCCGCCGAAGCCAUUUUGAUCGCACUCAGCGAGCUGAACAGCUCUACUGAUAUCCGCACUGCCUGCCGUGCGUCCUUCUCCAAGCUGCUCGGCGUCCUCGGGUCUGCCGUGCUGCCCCAGCUUCCCCAGUGGAUCGAGGGGUUUCUGUCCCAGAGCUCCUCCAAGGAUGAGAUGGCUAUUUUCUUGCGUCUGCUUGACCAGAUCGUAUUCGGCUUCAAGGCCGAAAUCUAUAAUGUCCUGAACAUGCUGCUCACCCCCUUGCUGCAAAGGAUCUUUGCCGGUCUGUCCGAGCCAGUUACCGGCACCGAUGACGAGAUCCAGCUUGGAGAGCUCCGCAGGGAGUACCUGUCGUUUUUGUUGGUCAUCUUGAACAACGAGCUGGAGUCUGUCUUUAUCAGCGAGGCCAACCAGGGCUUCUUUGAGUCGUUGGUCAAUUCCGUCCUCACCCUGGGCCGAACUCUCGUGGCGGAGAACAUCGGGCCUAGCAGGCUCGCGUUCAGUGUGUUAGCACGCAUGGUCGUCGUCUGGGGUGGCCCGGACUGCGCCAAGAUCGCGGAGAAUCCCUCGGCGCCGAGCGGUUCCCCGACCCCGAGCAUCCCCGGUUUCGACCGCUUCAUGAUCGACCGCUUUCACCCACUCUGCUGGGAGGUCUUCCAGGACCCCAACUUCAGACCCCAUAACGACGCGCAGAGCAAGCAAGUCCUCAACGAAAUCGCGGGUCUCGAGCAGGCCAUCUACACCAAGACGGGCGAGAUGUUCAUCCAACACCUCCAGUCGUCACUGUUCCCACACCUGGGCAUCGACGGGUCCGAUUUUCUCCGUUCCAUGUCGACGUCCGUGGAUAGGAAGGGUUUCUCGAGUUAUCUGCAAGGACUACUGAAGAGCCGUCGAUAGGAAUGGGUUCUUGAGUUCCUGUAGGGCUGCUGAAGAGCCGUAGAUUAUGAAAUGCGAGAGGAUAUCGGCAUGGAAUUUUGAUAGUAGGCGGUGGGACGAGGAAGUAUUACAAGCGUACGAUGGGUGGAAGGGAAGGUUUUUUGGACAGAGGAGAGGAAAUUUCCGGAAUCUCUCUUCGUCUUGGCCACUUUUCUUUGUUUACAUAUCCACUGGCCGCAUCGCCUUGGAGUUUAAGGGAGGCAUUAGAGAUUAAAUGACAAAUGACAAAAAGAAUCAUGUUCUCAUCAAUGAUGCGAACCCUUCUUUUUGAAGGAAUAUUAAGAAA